AUGUAUUCGCGACCAAAACGAGUUAAAUUAAAUGAUGAUUUUAUCAAUCAACUAUUAGAAGACAGUAGCGACAGUUUGCUAAGUGAAUUUGAUGAUUCAGAUGCAGACAAGACGUACAAUCCCGUCAGUUCUUCGGAGUCUGAUGUCCCAAGUGAGCUAAGUGAUAAUAAUGAACCAAGCACCUCGAGCAAUAUUUCCGUAGCAUCACAAACUUGGACAAAUGUAACUGGCAAUUAUCAAAAACCACUGCAAUUUAAUAAUAAUUCUGGACUGAAAAUCGAUAUAUCAGUUGAUUCUACUGCUUGGGAUAUUUUUAAUUUAUUCUUGACUAAUGAAAUAAUUGAUCUUAUAGUCGAAGAAACCAAUAAAAAUGCCCAACAAUUUUUAUCAAAAAACAGAUUGACAAAAUCUAGUAGAUUUUCUAAAUGGAUUCCUACAGAUCAACAGGAAAUAAAAAAAUUUUUCGGAUUAAUUAUUUGGAUGGGGUUAGUUCAAAUGCCCACUUUGGAAGACUAUUGGAGUAUAAAUAUAAGAUAUAAAAAUAAUGUAGCGCAAAACACUAUGUCAAGAAAUCGGUUUGAAUUAAUUCUUAGAUUUUUACAUUUUUCGGACAAUGAAAAAGCUCCAAAUGACGACAGGAUUUAUAAAGUGCGCGAUUUAAUUAAUAAGUUAAUUGAAAAUUUUCAAAAAAUACUUGAACCUGAAGAGUAUUUAGCUGUUGAUGAGACAAUGGUCCCUUUUAGAGGGAGGUUAAUUUUUAGGCAGUAUAUACCAGGAAAAGCGCACAAAUAUGGUGUAAAGUUGUUCAAGUUAUGCGGAACAGAUGGCUAUACGUAUAAUGUGCAAGUAUAUGCUGGCAAAAGUCAAGUUGAUGGAAAAGGUCUAGGAUGCAGAGUAGUGUUGGACUUAAGUCAGAGAUAUUUGAAUGCUGGGCGGACAAUAAUCACUGAUAAUUUUUAUACCUCAGUGCCAUUAGCAUAUGAACUUUUAAAAAACAACACACACUUGGUAGGAACAUUACGAUCGAACAGAGUUAAAUUACCAGAAGUAACCAAUGCUAAAUUAAAACCAAAUGAAAUAGUUGGAAGGGAAAAUAUUGAUGGGAUCGUCAUAGCUAAAUGGAGGGACAAGAGGGACGUCACAAUGUUAACCACACGACAUAACAUCAAUAUGGUAGAUACAGGAAAAAAAAAUAAAAAAAAAGAAAAUAUUGUUAAACCUCAAAUUAUAAUUGAUUAUAAUAAAGGAAAAGCUGGUAUAGACUUGUCUGACCAGCUAUCAAGUUAUAACUCUUCUGUUCGAAAAUCCAUCAGGUGGUACCACAAAGUAGCUAUUGAACUUUUGUUUGGAACUUCUAUUGUGAAUGCACUUCUUAUAUAUAAUAAAAUAAAACCUAAUAACAAGUUGAAAAUCACACAGUUUCGAGAAGCGUUAGUAGAUGAAAUAUUAGGACUCAAAAAAUCAAAUGAAAAUGAACAGCUAACAUCUACAUCAACACAAAGGACACAAAGACGAACUACGAAACAUAUCUUUCAAGAAACUACCGAAAAAUGCAAAAGGAACAGGAAAAUUCGAAAAAGGUGCGCUCAUUGUUACGAAAAACAAAAAUGUCUCGAGGGAUCUGUGAAGGCAAGAGAAGUAAAGAAGAUAUCGACAUUUUGUGCUACUUGUAAUAUAUAUCUUUGCCUAAGUUGUUUUAAUAUUCACCAUAUUAACUAG